UCCGCAGUGAUUGGUCUAUGGAUCAGAUCGCUAUGCAGAGGCAACUCGCUGUUUAUUGCGCCGACUAGCAGGAUCGACGUUGACCAAAGCCGCACGCGAACCGAGCAGUACCGGCAAUGUUUACAUUUGCAAAGUCACAAUUGUCGUUGCAAUGGCGAUCAUGCAGCAUGUCGCUGCCGACGAUGACGGCACGGACGAUAUGUGGCGAUGUCCUGGCAUCCCAUGGAGGCGGGCUAAACCCCGAGUCACAUCAGCCUAGCCCAAGGCGAUAUUCCACCCAAUCCCGCACGGGCUGUGGUGGUGGUGGUUGUGUGUGUGUGGGACCAUCAGUCUGUGGGCACUGCGGGACGAUGGGGUUUAGAAAAGCUAAUUAUAGAUCGCCUGGAGCCCGGAAUAGCCGAGGUCUGGAUAAAAGGUGGGAUUGCUUGUGCAUGGGGACGGGCUGCCUCUGGAGAAAAACAAAAAGAAAGUUUGCAGUGGCAGGCUCUGUGCAGGCUGCAAUCCGGUGGCGAGAGACCGUGUGCAAAGAGAAAAGAAAAAGGACGAGGCAAUAAAGCAUUAACUGCUUGGAACUGCCCAAGGGAAUGUUGUGAGAAUUACAUGUGUGGAGGUGUGCAUGCCCUCGCUCCACGCUAGAGCGCUGGCCAUCCCCUCCCCAAAAAAAGCGGUUCACAGUGAAGAAAAAGUCGACUGGCU